AUGAACUCUGAUGCGAGUUUGAUUACUGCGCUCGUAGAGCGGUGGCGACCUGAGACGUCGACCUUUCAUUUACCGUUUGGUGAGGUCACGAUCACGUUAGAGGAUGUUGUGACACUGUCUGGUCUGGCGAUCGACGGUGAUGCCGUCGUAGUUGACAUACCAGAUGAGGAUUGGCCGACGAUCUAUUUGAGACUGUUAGGAUGGAUUCCAGAUGAUCUUUCAGGCGGUGUUGUUAGGAUUGUUUGGCUGAGGGAGGAAUUCAGUCAUCUGCUGGAAAAUGCCUCCCAGGAGGUUACAGAGCAGUUUGCAUGA